CAGCCUGCUAACGUUGUUAGCUUCUUCUCUUAGCUUAGCCGUACUGCUGUGGGAGGCUGAUGGAGCUCGGGGCUGGCUGCGGAAACAUUCCCGACCCGCCGUGUGUUGUUCACCGCCCGGACAAGAACGAGUUGAGGUUGUGCUGCUGGCUCGAACAUUCCCAUUGAGGUCAAAACGGAAAUAUGUAUUAUCGCUUCAUUUCCCCGGCUCGGUUAAAUCCCUCAGCGCUAAAGAAAUCAUCAGCGGUAACCGUAACAACAUCCGCGCUCCUGCCUGCUGCUCGUGCUGCUGCUCGUCACUGACUCCCGGACAGCACCACUGCUUUAUCUUAACCUCACUCACUCUGUUAUACUCGGCAUUUGUGGCAGCCAACGUUGAAUAAUGAACUUGUAGGAAAAAGGUUUAAACGCUAGCCUAGCUGGUGAUGGACUAGUCGGGUGUUUAUGGUGUAAAAUGGCUGCUGAGGAGCUGAAGUGCAGCUGAUUGAGUUUAAAGAUGCUGUGGAGUGUUAGAAGGCCAUGUGUGUGACACGGAACAAUGUGUGACUUUGAGGAUUGGUGCAGUAUUGAGGACUUUUCCGGCAGGAGGUAACGCUGGCUAAUGCAUCCUCUUCAUCAUCAUCAUCAUCAUCAUCAUACAAAAAUAACCACCGACAUCCACAAUGAUGCGAACCCGCUGGCGAUCAGAGCUGAGCUGAUUUUAUUCCAAUGACUUUCUCUAUUUAUGAAGGAUUUUAUGGACAUCCAUGUGUUUUGUUUGUUGUUUUUCCCCCCUACACCCUGCGCUUUUCUCUCCAGAGAUGUUCAUGUGUUGUUGCUGAAGCCUGACCAGAUUCCCUCGGCUAAUUGAAACAGUCUGGAGCGACUCUGAUCAGGGCCUCGCUAUAAUCCUGCAGAAAUGGACGAGAGGAAAGCGCCGAGGACUGAGCCGUGCUGUCUCAGACAGGUCUCACUGCCCCGGGUCAGGCUGCAGGGGAUGAACAGAUACCUGGUGAUCUGUGCGAUGUUGUGCCUCGUGAUGGCCACAGAUGCGUCUCCGGCUAAAACCUGCGACAAAACCUGUCUGUCUGGGAAAUGCGUGAACGGCUCGUGUGUGUGUGACCGAGGAUGGGUUGGGGAUCAGUGUCAGCACUGCCACGGCAGAUUCAAGCUGACUGAUCCAUCAGGGUACCUGACAGACGGCCCAAUCAACUACAAGUACAAAACCAAGUGCACCUGGCUGAUUGAGGGCUACCCGAAUGCUGUGCUGAGGUUGCGUUUCAACCACUUUGCCACUGAAUGUAGCUGGGACCACAUGUAUGUCUACGACGGAGACUCCAUUUACGCUCCUUUAGUCGCCGUGUUCAGCGGUCUCAUCGUGCCGGAAGUUCCUGGGAAUGAGACCGUCCCUGAGGUGGAGACCAACUCCGGCUACGCACUCCUGCACUUUUUCAGUGACGCAGCAUACAACCUGACUGGCUUCGAGAUCUUUUACUCGAUAAACUCAUGCCCGAAUAACUGCUCAGGCCAUGGCAAGUGCACCACCUCAAACUCCAUAGCGAGCAGAGUGUACUGUGAGUGUGACAAAUACUGGAAGGGCAAGGCCUGCGACAUCCCUUACUGCAGGAACAACUGUGGCAGCCCAGACCAUGGCUACUGCGACCUCACUGGGGAAAAGCUCUGUGUAUGCAAUGACAGCUGGCAAGGUCCGGAUUGCUCCCUCUCUGUGCCCUCUACUGAGUCCUAUUGGGUCAUGCCCACAGUGAAGCCAUUUGGUGCAUCACUAGGCAGGGCAUCCCAUAAGGCAGUGGUUCAGGAAAAGGUCAUGUGGGUUGUUGGUGGCUACACAUUUAAUUAUAGCAAUUUUCAGAUGAUUCUAAACUAUAAUCUGGACAGUGGCACCUGGAGCACUGUGACUAGCAGUAGUGGGCCUGUGUCGAGAUACGGCCAUUCUCUUACACUCUAUCAGGAUAAACUCUACAUGUUCGGAGGAAAGUUGGAGAUGGGCUCGGGCAACGUAACAGAUGAACUGUGGGUGUUUAACAUGCAAAGUGAAUCAUGGACUCAACAAUCUCCAAGCACACCAGCUCACGGUCAGGUCUACGCAGUGGAGGGUCAUUCUGCACACAUAGCCGAACUGGACACGGGAGACGUGGUAAUGGUGGUCAUCUUCGGCUAUUCCUCCAUCUACAGCUACAUCAGCAACGUGCAGGAGUACAACAUCAAAACAAACACAUGGCUGGUUCCUGAGACGAGAGGAGCCACAGUUCAGGGGGGCUACGGUCACAGCAGUGUGUAUGAUGCUGGCAGCAAGAGUGUGUAUGUCCACGGAGGCUACAAGUCCCUGCCUGCUAAUAAGUAUAGCCUGGUGGAUGAUCUGUACCGUUAUGAGGUGCACACUCGCAUCUGGACCAUUCUAAAGGAGAGCGGUUACCCACGCUACCUCCACUCGGCAGUGCUGCUAGGAGGAACUCUGCUCAUCUUUGGAGGAAACACUCAUAAUGAUACGUCUUUAAGCAAUGGUGCUAAGUGCUUCUCUGCGGACUUCCUGGCCUAUGAUAUUGCGUGUGAUGAGUGGAAAGUCCUCCCCAGACCAAACCUGCACAGAGAUGUUAAUCGUUUCGGCCACACUGCUGUCACCAGUAAUGGGUCCAUGUAUGUGUUUGGUGGGUUUUCAAGUGUGCUCUUGAAUGAUGUGUUGAUCUACAGGCCGCCCAGCUGCGAGGCGUUUGUGGGUCAGGAUCGAUGUGAAACCGCAGGUCCGGGGGUACGCUGUGUUUGGAGACAAAAUCGCUGUCUCUCCUGGGAGCCCAGUUUUUCCUCAAACACUCCUGCAACCUUCUGCCCUGCCAAGCCUGCUGCCGUGGAUGAGCGAUGUCACCGUUUCUCUGACUGCACCAGUUGUACUGCGAACACUAAUGGCUGUCAGUGGUGUGACGACAAGAAAUGCAUCUCAGCCCUCAGCAACUGCACUGCUAGUGUGAGAAACUUCACCAAAUGCUCUAUUAGAAAUGAGCAGAUCUGCAGCAAGCUGGCCAACUGCAAGAGCUGCACUUUAAACCUUAACUGCCAGUGGGAUCACCAGCAACACGAGUGUCAUGCCCUCCCUGCCAAGCUAUGUGGAGAAGGGUGGAGUCAAGUGGGCGAGGCCUGCCUGCGCAUUAACUCGAGCAGAGAGAGCUACGAUAAUGCCCGGCACUACUGUAAGAACCUGGGUGGCAUCAUCGCCUCGCUUUCUACUGCCAAGCAGGUCGACUUUGUUCUCGGGGAACUGCAGAAAUACCAGCAACAGGAGAAGAAGCUGUUCCCCUGGGUGGGCCUGAGGAAGAUUAAUGUGUCCUACUGGGGCUGGGAAGACAACUCUCCCUUCACUAACACUUCUCUUCAGUGGUUGCCCGGAGAGCCCAAUGACUCAGGCUUCUGUGCCUACCUGGAAAAAGCUCAGGUCUCAGGGCUCAGAGCAAAUCCCUGCAACGCCAACACGGACGGCCUCAUCUGUGAGAAAGCAGUCGAGAGCCGGAAUGCCCGUCCGUGUAAGACACCCUGCUCGCUGCACGUGUCCUGUGAGAACUGCACCAGCCAGGCCACAGAGUGCAUGUGGUGCGGCAGUACCAAGCGCUGUGUAGACUCCAACGCCUACGUCAUCUCCUUCCCCUAUGGCCAGUGUCUGGAAUGGCAGACUGGAGAUUGUGUGGCCCAGAACUGCUCUGGUUUUCGGACGUGCGGCCAGUGUCUGGAACAGCCUGACUGCGGUUGGUGCGGAGACCCCACUAACACAGGCAAAGGGCAGUGUGUGGAGGGAUCGUACCGCGGCCCUAUGAAGAACCCACCCAAAAACAGCCAGGACAUGUUGCUGGAUCCGACUCUUUGUCCCAAGGACCGAGGCUACGAGUGGGCCUUUAUCCAGUGCCCUGGCUGCCAGUGUAACGGCCACAGCACUUGUGUGAACGGGAGUGUGUGUGAACUGUGUCGUAACCUGACCACCGGCCCACACUGCGAAACCUGCAUGCCUGGUUAUCACGGAGACCCCACCAACGGAGGGAAGUGUCAAGCAUGUAAGUGCAACGGCCAUGCCAACGUCUGCCAAGUGCUGACAGGGAAGUGUUUCUGCACCACCAAGGGGAUUAAAGGAGACCAAUGUAACCUAUGUGAUUCAGAGAAUCGUUACCUUGGCAACCCUUUGCGAGGAACCUGUUACUAUAACCUUUUGAUUGACUACCAGUUCACCUUCAGUCUGCUUCAAGAGGAUGACCACUAUUACACUGCCAUUAACUUCAUGGCCACUCCAGAGCAGACCAAUAAAAAUUUGGACAUGUCCAUCAAUGCAUCCAACAACUUCAACCUCAACAUCACUUGGUCUGUUGGAUCAACAGCAGGUACUAUCUCUGGAGAAGAAGUCCCCAUAGUGUCCAAGACCAACAUUAAAGAGCACAGGGACAGCUUCUCCUGUGAAAAAUUCAGCUUUCGCAGCAAUCCCAACAUCACCUUCUAUGUCUACGUCAGCAACUUCUCCUGGCCUAUUAAAAUCCAGAUCGCCUUCUCGCAGCACAACAGCAUCAUGGACCUGGUUCAGUUCUUUGUGACUUUUUUCAGCUGUUUUCUCUCAUUGUUGCUGGUGGCUGCAGUGGUGUGGAAGAUCAAACAGACCUGCUGGGCCUCUAGACGGAGAGAGCAAUUGAUGAGGGAAAGGCAACAAAUGGCAAGUCGUCCCUUUGCUUCUGUUGCCAUGGCACUGGAGGCGGAAUGUGAUCAGGUGGAGCUGCUACAAGGAGGAAUAGAGGCUCCUCCCAAGCCUAUAGCCUUGGAGCCGUGUUCGGGAGGGAAAGCUGCGGUUCUGACAGUUCUCAUUUGCCUCCCACGAGGACCAUCAGGAUUUCCACCUCCUGGACAGUCAGGCAUUGCUAUAGCCAGUGCACUGAUCGACACGUCCCAGCAGAAGCCCAUGGAUUUUAAAGAGAAGAAUCCAGGCUUAAAGAACCGAAAAGCUCUGCCUACAGCUCACCAGGGCACCUGUGUGUGAGGCGCAUAUACCCUUUGCAGCUGCCAUCUUACCUGGACGAUCCUUUUCCGAAGAGAUGUGCUUUGUUCCACUGCUGCAGGUUCAGGCAGCGUCUGUUUCCACAGAAAGGGCCUCUGGUGAAGGGGUUUUGCUAGGAAGCAGAGUGCUUUGUCCUCAUCCACCUCUUAAACACUACACCUUUAUCGAACUCCUCCUGCAUUGCGGCACAUGGAUCUCCUAGCCCAUUUCACUAUCCCUUCUGCUGACCAGCUAUACCUUACCAGAAGUCUCGUCUGACUAAGCCUAAAACUUUUUAUAGUCACUAAAUUCAAUCCUGUUUGAGGUUCAAGGCUUUCGUUUUGACGUCCUUAACCAGCUUCGUGGUCUUCUGAGCAGAACAAUAACCUGUAGAGAAAAAAAAGUCCUGACUCCUCAGCUUGACUGCCGCGCCUCUACCUUAUUAGUCAGUGAGGACGGAGGAAGUGUGAUGGUACACUGCUUACCCAGCAGUGACAGCUUUCACAGGCAACAUUAUAGACAUUUGAUGAUAUUGUAUAUGGGUGUAAAGCCUGUUUUUUGCUUGCCAAGUAGACUCUGUGUUUGCUAAAAAGCUUCUUAUUUACCAUUAAAUGCAUUUGUAGCCAGUUGGGCUUUUGUAUUUCAAAUCCAACAAGUUCAGUCGUAAGUAGCGCAGAAGAGCUGUUAGGUUUGUUUAAGCUAAUGACGUUUUGCUGCUGGUUCUAUGGUAUAUUUGGGAGAAACCAAUCAUUUUUAACUAAAAUAACAUAUACUAUCAAAGUUUCUAUGUUUCAUCUGUCUGCUACUCCUGCAAAGCUUUUGCAUGACAUACACACUAGAUGCUUUAAAAGUUAAUAAGUCAGAAAAAGAGUCUUUAAUGAGUUUUCAUAUAAAACAGCCGUCGGGACGAAUGCGGGGGUCACAUGUGCUGUGUGUCCACACGCGGAUGUGAAGAAUUCAUUAGAAUGAGAUCUAAUACAGGGACUCAGUUGUAUAGUAUUCUUCUUAUAUAAUGUCAAUGAACAGGCGAAUACGGAAGCUUUUGUCUUAAUUAUUAUUAUUAUUUUAUUUUAUUUUUUUUUUGAGAAUGCCUUGGUACUGAAUGAAAAGAGAAUCAUCUUGUGGCCUUUGUGGUAAAAUAUUUCUUUGUAAUGGAUCGUCAGUCUCUUACGUUUCACAUAUUGUGAAUGCGGCAGAUGGAUUUUGCUUAGAGGCGCUGUUUAGCCUCUCGAGGGUCGCAGUGAUGGAAUUUAACUCCACAUGCUUCAUCCAGGUCUCACAGGAAUCCCCCCACAGCCCGUGCACUUUCUCACUCCAGCUGAGAGAAGGCCAUUAGCAAUAUUACCAACCCAGGACCUGAGGAAGAACACGUGAAGAAGGGGUACAACGUUUGUCACCUCGUAUACUGUAUGUUUGUGUGACCCGCAAACAUGUCAAAUGUGAAUCAAUUGCUUAUUCAUCUCGGUAUUCCAAUGGUUUUAUUCCCAUUUGGAUUUUUAUUAUUUUUCUGUUUUAAAUAAAAAACAUGUAAUGUGUCACAUAUUUCUUUUAGGUCCAUCCUUUGUACAAUACCCAUUGUGGUGGUGGUGAUGAUAAUGAUAAUAAACCAUGUCUUUUACAAUGUUUGUGAAAAAGAAAUGUUAGUUUUGUUUUGAUAACUGAUUCUUGUGUAAUACCUCUGUUUUUGUACUUGAGUCGUUAAAGUCCUGUAUCAAGCUUUAUUAACCAGUUUUUCUUAUCGUGCAUACAGUUGCAGCUUAUUGCAGCUGGUCAAGGAGGCGACUUUUGGGCAUUUGUAGUUCUUGUCAGAAGUCUUCUGUAAAUACGAUUCCUAUUUUGAUCAGUUUUUUUAAAAUUAUUAUUUUAAGCCUGCUUUUGAAUGCGAGUAGUUGUAUGCAGUAGGAGCACAAUGUACAGUCCCAUUACACAGGAAUCUCACUGUAAAGUGUCACAAAAUGUGAAAUAUGAAUGAACACUCUUCUUCAGUGCGUGUCAUUCAUUUUCAGUGUAUUUUAACGAUGGACUGAAAAAUAAAACACUUGAUUCAUAGGGCCA